AUGGGGCUGCUUCUAUCCAAGAGGGACAUCAAGAGAACUCCCACGGUUGUUCUGAUGGGCCUGGGCUCAUCUGGGAAGUCCACCCUGCUCUUCAGGCUCAAGACAGGGUUGGUGAUGGAUACUUCCCCCACCGUGGGCUUCAACGUGGCGACCCUGGAUCUGAACAAGAAAACGGCCUUGACCGUGUGGGAUGUGGGAGGACAGGGCGAGAUGAGGGACAACUGGAGGUACUACCUGGAGGGCUGUAAGGCUAUGGUGUUUGUGGUGGACAGUAGUGACCGGGCCAGUAUAGGGGACGCUCAGAAAGCUCUGAAGAAUGUCCUGUCAGACGACAACAUGAAGGGAAUACCUCUGAUGGUGCUGGCUAACAAGAAGGACCUCCCCAACACCAUGAACAUCAGAGAGGUGUCCAACCAGCUGGAGCUGCCCACCUACAAAGACAGAGCCUGGCAGAUCCAGGCAUGCAGCGGCCUGAAGGGAAUGGGGCUCCAGCAAGCCUUCCUCUCUGUGGCCAAACUCAUCAAGAAGAGCUGA